CAAGCCGUUUGUGACGUCAUCACCACCAUGUGUCGCGCGCAGCUCGUUCACCAACAGGCAGUAGCAAGAGCAGGAUCUGAGGCUUCCGCAAGACUUCAUAGUCAGGAAGUGAAAGUAUACACAUGGAGGGUGUGUCUUUCCCUUCCUGACUAUGUUAAAUUUUUAAUAAAGCGGGGCUCCUUGGAUACAUUAAUGGGCGACUCGGCAAGGACCAAGCGUCGGGAACAGCUAAAGCGCUGGGCGGGUUCCUGCACUGACAAAGCGUCGGCCUUGCCCCGGCGUAGAUGGCGAGGCGAUGCCGUAGAAAGAGGAACCGAUGAGCCGGAGGGGGAGCAGCAGGGACGGUCGGAUGAGGAACCCGUUUCGAAGAGCGACGAAAGCAGCCCCCUCCUCAAGAGACGAAAAAGGGUAAGGUUUGACAGAGCUGCAGAGUUUCUGGCUGCGUGCGCCAGCGGCGACACAGAGGAGGCCCAAGUGAUGCUCCAAGAAGCUAAGGAGAUGAUCAGCAACAAGGAGGACGGGACAGAAAUUAUUAACUGCUCAAAUGCUGACGGAAUAACUGCAUUACAUCAGGCCUGCAUCGAUGGUAGCAUGGAGAUGGUGUCUUUCCUUCUGAAGCAUGGUGCCAAUGUGAAUCAGGUUGACAGUGAAGGCUGGACACCCUUGCAUGUCACGUCCUCCUGCGGCUACCGCGAGAUAACAGAUUUCCUUUUGCGGAAUGGUGCUUCCCUCUCUGCUGUCAACUGUGAUGGUGAUGUUCCUCUGGACAUUGCUCUGGAUGAAACCACUGAGGCUCUUCUCCACGAGUACACUCUGAGACAGGGUGUGGACUUGGAGGCAGUAAAGCGGGUAGAGGAGGAGCAAAUCAUUACAGAUGCUCGGACCUGGCUGAGUGAGGGACCACCUGCUGAUGUACGACAUCCCAGGACUGGAGCCACUCCUUUACACGUGGCUGCGGCCAAAGGCUACCUGGAAGCUCUCAAGCUACUUUGUCAGUGUGGGCUGGAUGUGUCCGCUAUGGACUUUGAUGGGUGGACUCCUCUUCAUGCUGCUGCACACUGGGGUCAGGGGGAGGCCUGUCACAUUUUGGCUGAACAGAUGUGCAAUAUGGAAGCCCGCAGCUGCGCCGGUCAGACGCCUUUGGAUGUAGCAGAUGAAAGUGUGGAGGUUCUCCUCGAGGAUUUAGCUCAGCAACAAGCCAAUUGGCGUAACGAGCAGUCCAUACAAGAGCGUCAAAAACAACAAGGCGCUACCACUGUAAAUGCACAAAAUAAAAAACGGAGGAGCUCAGUGUGCAGGAUGAGCAGUAAAGAGAAGAUGAACUUGCAGGACCAGUCUAAAGAGAGGGGUGUCUCGGGAGGCCUACAGCUGAGCGAGGACAAGGAGAGCAGUCCCGAUAGUUCCACUGUGUCCAGUCCAGACACUGAGAGUGGGAUCACAUCUGGAGCCAGUCAAUCUGACAAGAAAGAAGAGACAGAUGAACAGGAAGAUAAGGAACAAGACAAGACUAUUCGUACUGCUAGAGUCCAGCCCACCCCUCAUACGAGGGACAAUAAUACAUCCGAGAGUCCUAACACACCUACUACUGAGCGGCGCAAGUUUCAGGCACCAGUCAGAGAUGAGGAGUCGGAGUCUCAGAGGAAAGCUCGCUCUCGACUCUUACGUCAGUCCCGCCGCUCAACUCAGGGUGUGACCUUAACAGACCUAAAAGAAGCUGAGAAGACUGUGUCGAAAGCUGUUGAUCCCCUGCCUCGGAACAUUCAGCCUGUCAGCCCCAUCAUCACUCUCACUCCUGCUGAGAGGGAUACAGACCCAGUAAAGCAGGUAGAGCCUGAUGGAGACAGGCGUCUGGGACUCAAAGACAGGAGGCGAGCGAGGAAAGAGAGGCGCUCCACUGGCAUCAUUCAAUCAGGCGGGGAGAAUGAAGACGAGGAUUUGGAUGAACCAAACAAUAGCAAACCCUCCAGUGCUAUGGAGUUAGGGAACGCUGACUACAGGAUGCUCUACUUCCAGGUACUGCAGCAGAACCUUGCGCUGAAGGACAAGCUGCAGGAGAUGGAACUUCUGCUGAGCCAAAAUAAAGUGGACUUGGAGAGACUCAGACAGACUCAAGAUAGCAGCACAGAGAGACCUGCCCUGUUGGAGCUAGAGAGAUUUGAGAAGUUGGUCCUCCAGAGGAGAGCAGUGGAACUGGAAGAUGAGUUGAAGGUUCUGGGAGACCUGAAAGCAGACAACCAGAGGCUCAAGGAUGAGAAUGCUGCCCUCAUUCGUGUCAUCAGCAAACUCUCCAGAUGAAUCCUUAAAAAAAAAAAAAAAAACAAACAAAAAAAAACUUGACAGACUCCUGUUCACAUUGUCUUUUGUAUUGUUUUAUGGUCAUUUUUAACUGGAAUGUUUUAAGUACUUGGGUCCAUUUUUUGUAUUAAUGUGUUGAGAGCCUAAAAGCCAUGAUACAUAUUUUUUGACCUUUUAGAAAGAAAGUAGUGCUCUUGCUUACUUGAAGAACAAAUGGGAGUGUGCCAAAUCCUGCCCAAAUUUGAAUGAAUGUUGAAUGCCUUGUGUUGUUCCUCAGAACAAUUCUGGACUUGUCCUUUUAGUUGACUGGUGCAAACGUGGACCAAAUGUGUAAUAUGUUUAUCUGUGUGUUUUUGUGUAUAAAUAGUGUACAGGCAAGAA